UACAGUAAAAAACGUGAUGGCUACAUUGUUGAGAUUCUGGUAGUACGUGCGAGAUAGCGUAGGUGUUCCUCGCUGUGAAAACCAAGGGUACCAUCCACUCACAGAAAUAAACCGCUGUAUAAAAGUGCGUCAUUACUUGAAGCUUUGUGGGCUGAUAUGAGGUAUGAUGAACUCCAAUGACCAGGUUGCAAGUGCCACUGAACCAUCUCUUCAACUGGCUUCUUUCCUUCCAUAUAAUGCUGAGAAGCAGCUGGCAAGACUGUAUUCCUGGUAUGCAUGGACAAUAGAGCAAAGAGAUGUGCGCGUGGAUGGUUGGCCACUGCUGGACUCGCCUCUGCCCACGCUGCUGCUGACUGCUGCUUACCUGCUGCUGGUGCGGCUGGGUCCACUGCUGAUGCAGCACCAGUCAGCGCUCCAGCUACGUGCACCACUUGUCCUCUAUAACCUGGCGGUGUCACUGCUCAACCUGUACAUCGGCUUGGAGCUGGCGACGGUGGCCUGGAAACAGGGAUACAGCUGGCUCUGCGAACCUGUUGACUACUCUACCUCGCCAGAGGCCAUGAGGAUCACGAGCGCCCUUUGGUUUUACUACAUAUCGAAGCUUUUGGAAUUCAUGGACACGGUUUUCUUUGUGCUGCGCAAGAAGAACAGCCAGAUUACGUUCCUGCACGUGUAUCACCACUCGACCAUGUUCCUGCUCUGGUGGAUCGGCAUGCGAUGGGUGGCAGGCGGUUCCGCGUUCGUCGGUGCCAUGCUGAACAGCUUCGUGCACGUGCUGAUGUACCUGUACUACGGCCUGUCGGCGAUCGGGCCUCGGCUCCAGCCCUACCUCUGGUGGAAGAAGUACCUGACGAUGCUGCAGCUGGCGCAGUUCUUCACGGCGUUGGUGCUGGGGCUGAACGCGCUGCGACUCGACUGUCCGUUCCCGCUGUGGAUGCAGUACACGCUGGUGAUCUACAUGAUCUCGUUCAUCGUACUCUUCCUCAACUUCUACAUCCAUGCUUACUGCUCAGGACAGACACGGAAGAGCGGCUCGAAGAUCAGCCCGCACAAGAACGGCGUGGUGGGCUGGGGCCACCAGAACGGUGUCCACGCGCCGUCGGGAGGCGGCGACGGGAAUGGACGGCUGAAGCAGCACUGAAGCUGAGACAGCUGCGCCCAACGCCGGCCGCCGGGUGACGCUCGAGAUGCGCACGAACACCUCGGCGGUCAUGAAACGACUCAUCGACCUCCCGCAUGAGGCAGUUGCCACCGACGUCGGACGCCAAGCGUGGCAUGUGAACCGGUGGCGGCCAGCCGGCAGCGCUGGGUCCGUGUGGAUGAGAUGGUAGCAAGCUUCGCGAAGUUGUCCGGCCGUGUGACGCUUUCGUGAAUUGUGAUUGUGUUACUCAGUCUUUGUUUUGCAACUCUCUCGCGGGCUGAAGCGACUCGUGUCUCGAAAUGAGCCCAGUGACCGCGUGUGCUUCGGCUCGUGCUUAACAAUCCGUUCCUACAGAAAGUUCCCAUCUCAUACUUUAUCGAGCUAGUGGGGGUUUACCUCUGCCGUGACGAGGCUGACCUGUCACAGCGGUGCCUGUGAUCGCGGUCGGGGAUGGACGACCAUCGUGCGAGGACGAAUCCACCGCAUCUCGCUGGUGCAAUGAUGCUGUUUUAUCAUGGUAGACCCAUCGUGUCUGUGAGAACUUCCUUUCGUCAGGCGAGGCGCUGAUUCUUGGUCACCAGCGCUAGGGCUGUGCGACGCGGUACAGGCGGGGUGCUGGAUCUUAGUGACCAGCGCUGGGGCUGUGCGACGCGGUACAGACUGGGCGCUGAAUCUCAGUCACCAGCGCUGAGAUUGUGCGGCGCAGUACGCUUGGCAGCUCAUUUUUCGCGACUUAGUCGUCGGAUGUGUAGCGCAUUCUUGUCCGUGAUACGAGGUACUGCCGUUUUUUAGUCGAUUGCCGUACUAGUCAGCUCUGUCUCGACCUAGUUAGGGAGAAUAACGACAUCAGGAAUACAGCUCUCGUUCCCGCAGACGCAUUUUUUCAUUCGCAUGUUCCGUAUAGGUGUUUGUGAGCAGUACUCAUGCUGCUCUUAGCAGACCCAUCCCAAGGAACGCGACUGUUUCCUGCUAUAUUAUCGGCAUUUCUGCAGCAUGUCUUCUGAUGUGGUUAUGUCAAGUCUUGUUUAAGAUGGCGCUGCUGUCCCAAAUUGGUAGGGAGGCGGGUGUGUGGCGCUCUGGGACGAGGUUGCACGUUCCGCGCACAACUCAUUGUCUAAGACUGGCCGCCGUAUCUGUGCAAAUGACCCAUCCGCCAAGCCCAUAAGCACUGAGUGGUACGCUAUGCGAGAUCGGCCAAAUAAAGUGGAAAUCGAA